AAUGAUUGAAAAAAGAAGAGAGAAUCUAUACUUUUUUUUUAAGAGUAGGCGGAGAAAUGAUUCACUCUCUUAGUAUUCAUAUUAAAAAACACAUAUAUAAAACAAUGAUAUUUGUAAUUAGCAAAGGUCAUCACAAUGGAGAAGGUGAAUGAUUCCCAAAACAACAAACAAACCAAAGACAAUCUUCCAAAUGUUCUUGUAAUUGGUCCUCCAAUAAACAUAACAGUCCUCAAACCAAAACACCCCCAAAAGUACAAUUUAUCAAAACCAUGGAAUGCUUAUAACUCACCACCACUAGACCAUUUCAUGGUUGAAAACAAAUAUGAUCCAACAAUGUUUCAAGCUCUUAUAUGUUGCGCUUAUUCACCCAUCAAUGCUAUUGUUCUUCAAUUUAUCCCUUGUUUGAAGCUUGUUGUCACCUCUAGCACUGGAACUGAUCACAUAGACCUUAGUGUUUGCAAAUGUCGAGGUAUACAAGUUGCUAAUAUAGGAAGCUUGUACUCAGAGGAUGUUGCUGACAUGGCUGUGGCUUUACUCAUUGAUGUGCAAAUCAAAAUUUCAGCAGCAGAUAGAUUUGUUAGAACAACCAUGCGGUUUGAUUUCCCAUAUUGUUCUAACUCCAAGCUAGGGGGAAAGCGAGUUGGGAUUGUUGGAUUAGGAAACGUAGGCAUGCAAGUAGCUAAAAGGUUAGAGGCUUUUGGAUGCAUAAUUUUGUACCUCUCAAGGAAGAAAAAACCCUUUGUUACAUACACUUUCUAUUCAAACAUGCUUGAACUUGCAGCUACAAGUGAUGCAUUAAUUCUAUGUUGUCCACUAAAUGAGCAAACAAGGCACAUGGUUAACAAGGAAGUGAUGUUGGCAUUAGGAAACAAAGGAGUAAUUGUAAAUGUUGCAAGAGGUCCCCUAAUUAAUGAGGAUGAAUUGGUGAAUUGUUUAAUAGAAGGACAAAUUGGUGGUGCUGGUUUGGAUGUGUUUGAGAAUGAGCCUAAUGUUCCUCAACAACUUUUAGCAAUGGACAAUGUGGUUUUGUCACCACAUAAUGCUGCAUUUACUACUGAAACAUACAUGGCUACCACUCAACUUGUGGAACAUAAUCUAGAAGCUUUCUUUUCCAAUAAGCCCUUAAUCACACCAAUUAAAUUAGACUGAAUAUUUUAUUUCGGCUUUUUUUAUGGUAA